AUGUUUCGUACAAUCACGAAGUUGUCACCGACAAUAGCUUUAGGCGUAUUUCGACAUUCUUCUGGUCAAUAUGACAAGGACCUGCUGAAUAGGCCAAACCCUAGUAUUCCUGAGACGGGUUGGGAUAGAGUCAAACAAAUGUAUACGGGCGGUGAAUUUGAGGAAGUUUCUGAAGAAUUAAACACAGUACUGCAGUCAUCAUUAUGUGGAGCGUUUAUUGGUGCGUGUAUGGGAGGAUUUGUUAGUUCUCGGGUAGCUUAUCUGAAUUUCAUUGAGAAUAAUCAAGCUACAAUAUUCAAAUCUACUGCCGCCGCUAAGAAACAAUUGCAAGAUUAUGUAACUGUAGCGUUUGCAAAGGGAGCAUAUAAGUGGGGCUGGAGAUUGUGUUUCUUUACAGGAAUAUUCAGUUUAACAUCAACCACAAUAUCAGUGUACCGAGGAGACACGUCUUUAAUUGAGUUUGUAUCAGCUGGUGCCCUAACUGGGGCGUUAUAUAAAAUCGAUAUGGGUUUGGCUGCUACUCUAGUGGGUGCUGGUUUAGGAACCGCAUUGAGUUUUGUUGCUGGCAUAACUAUUUUAGGAAUAUUGAAAGUGACUGGCGUUGACAUGAUAGAUAUUAGAAAAGCUUUGUACAAAUUAAAAGAAGCUCGAGACGAGCAAUUCAAUCAAGCAUUAGAGAAAUCAUCAAAACAAAAGUAUGACAGCCUUACGGACCACCAUACAAAGUUAGUUGUCGAAGAAGGAGAGAAGAAAAUAGAAGAAAUGUAA